AUGGAAAAUAGAUACAUAAAUUUAAAAGAAGAAUUUAGAAUAAGAUACCAACAACAACAACAACAACAUUUACAUUCAACCCAGACAACAAAUUUAAAAAAUGAUUAUAUAAGAAGAUAUGCAGAUUUAUAUAACGAGAUUUACCGACCACUUAAAGAACAGGAUUGCCCAUUAGGAGUGGAUGCCGAAACACAAAAAAGGGAAAUUAUAGACCAAGCUAGAAAUGCUGUGUACAGAUUAUAUUGUCGCUUUAGAGAUGGUACAAUAUCAAGAGAGGACAUGAUGGAAUGCAUACAGUUAAUUAGGGGUUCAGCCAAUACAACAACUGAACUCGAGUAUUUUGAAUCAAGACCUCAACCUGGAUCAAUUGCUGUAAAUUCAAAGUAUAAUGAUCCAGAAUAUAUUAGAGAUAAAUGGAUUCCAAAAUUAAUCAAAAAAAGAGAUGAAUUAAAUCAACAAUAUCCUGGUAUAUUUGGUAAUUGGUAUAUUAAUAUUGAUGAUCAAUAA